UGCGCUCCCUGUCCAGGUGGAUACCAGACUCCCUGCUCAGGACAUGGUCAGUGUAUGGAGGGGACUGGAGGAAAUGGGUCGUGUAUCUGUGAUUUGAACUUCAGAGGCUCUCGCUGUCAGUACUGCUCCUUCUCCAACAAAUAUGGCGCAAACUGUGACACAACCUGUCCCUGUAUCCAUGGACAGUGUGACAACCGUCCAGACUCAGAUGGUCGGUGUAAACCAGACUCGUGUCAGAUGGGUUUCACUGGUCGGUUCUGUGACCGACAAACAGCGGCCUGCGGCGUUCAGGCUCAGUUUUGUCACGCCCACGCCGACUGUGACUUCAGCCAAGGGACGACCAGGUGUGUAUGUAAACGUGGUUACCAAGGUGAUGGUAUCACCUGUGUGGAGUCUGACCCCUGUGCUCCUCCUCGCCGAGGCGGCUGCAGUGUGAACGCUAAAUGUAUAAAGACGGGACCGGGGACUCACUCCUGCCAGUGUCUAAGCGGAUGGAGGGAGGACGGAGACGAGUGUCAGCCAGUCAACAACUGUGACGGUCUUGACAGAGGAGGCUGUCACCCCAACGCCACCUGCAUCUACGUGGGACCGGGACAGAGCGACUGCAGCUGUAAAGCCGGGUACAAGGGGAGUGGCCGAGACUGUGAGGCCGUGAACCAGUGUGUCACUGUGAGCGGAGGCUGUCACUUCCUGGCCAGCUGUCGGCUGCUGUCCUCCAGGUGGACCUGUGUCUGUGAUGAAGGACUUUCUGGAGACGGUCACAUAUGUUUUGGUUCAGUGGAUCAGGAACUGAUGAGUCUGCCCGACACCUCCGAGUUUCUCACCUGGACCACUGACUCUGGUCUGACCUGGUCUCUGUCGGACCAGAACCUCACUGUCCUGGCUCCGUCUUCAGCUGCUAUUGCAAAAAUGUCUUCAGAGGACAAAAGCUUCUGGACCAUGAAGGGAAACCUGCCGAGUCUCGUCAGAAAUCACAUGAUCCCUGGUCGGUAUCCGUUAUCCAGCCUGAGUACCAUUUCCUCGGUGACAUCACUGCUCAAGACAACACUUCCUGUUUCAACAACCAAUGAGCUCACAGCUGUGGGCGGAGCCUCCAUCACCACUUCAGAUUUAGCUGCAACCAACGGGCUGAUCCAUGUCAUCGAUAAGGUUCUGGUUCCGGACAGGAAGUUGAGCGGGGGGCUGCUGGCAACGCUCGCUCUGAGACCAGAGUUCUCGCUCUUCAGAUCGUAUCUGAUCGAGUACAACCUGACAGACGAGAUCGAACAGGCCAACGAGUUCACCGUCUUCGCCCCAACAGACGCUGCCAUCAACGAUUACCUGAAGAAGAUGGCCGCCACGGCACUGGAUGUGAAUACGACUCGUUACCACGUGGUGACAUCAGAGCGUUUGUUGAAGACCGACCUGCAGCCUGGAGGUUACAAACCGACGCUGCUCGGAUUCUCCUUCCAGCUCGGCUUCUUCCCCCGAGACGGGAAGCUGUUUGUGAACGAUGCUCAGAUGAACUCCUCCAACAUCCUGAGUGGUGACGGAGUGAUUCACGGCCUGUCAGCUGUUCUGCAGAUCAACAGGAACCGCUGUGAUGAAGCAACGUACCUGACCGUCAUGGGAACCUGUGUCGACUGUUUGUUCCCACAGGGCAAAAUCUGCCCCAACGACACCGUCCCAGCUAAGUCAGCGAGGACCAGGAAGUGUAUGUUCACCCGGAUGUUUGAGGAGGAGCGUCUGCUGACCAUCGGCUGCAGAGCCACGUGCCUCCGGAGGAACAUCGUGCGCAGGUGUUGUGGAGGGUUCUUUGGGGAGCACUGUGAGCCGUGUCCCGGUCCGAAGGGUCAGCCCUGCUUCGGUAACGGAGUGUGUCUGGACGGGACGGGCGGGACCGGAGUGUGUCAGUGUGACAGAGGGUUCAAUGGGACCGCCUGCGAGACCUGCCAGAGCGGGAAAUAUGGAAUCCACUGUGACCAGGGCUGCAGGUGUAAAAAUGGCCGCUGCAGUGACGGACUCACAGGUGACGGGUCGUGUGAGUGUGACGUCGGCUGGAGAGGAGUCAUCUGUGACGAGAAGGUUGAGUCCACGGCUGAUGAGCUGUGCGGCUCAGUCAGAUGUCACACCAGUGCAAAUUGUGUGAUCAGACCGUCCGGCCCUCAGUGUCUCUGUGCUGCAGGGUUUGAAGGAAACGGGACUUCCUGUCAAGCGAAGGACCCGUGUGUGGAGGAUAACGGCGGCUGCAGUCUUUACGCCACCUGUAAACGGACUCGACCUGGACGCAGAGACUGUGUGUGUAACAGCGGUUACUCUGGAGACGGACUCGUGUGUGUCGAGAUAAAUCCCUGUCUGGAGGGAAACGGAGGUUGCCAUGUCAACGCAGACUGUGUCCAUGUCGGACCAAACAAAACGUCCUGUUCCUGCAGUGACGGUUACUCAGGUGACGGACAGACCUGUCAGAUGAUCAACUUGUGUCAAAAGAAGAAUGGAGGCUGUCACCAGUUCGCCCGCUGUAACAUGACUGGUCCAGGUAUUCGUACCUGCACAUGCUUUAGCAACUUCUUGGGAGACGGCGUCACUUGCAGAGGCACCGUGGGGAAGGAGAUCCUGACCAGGAAGCUGAGAGACUUCUACCUGGCUCUGAUGGUGGCGGAGAUUUCUCUGAAAGGACGCGGCCCAUUCACCGUCUUUGCUCCGACAAGCGCUGCCUUCAAAUCCGACAAAAACAACGCUGCAAAGACAAAAUUGAAGAGGUCGGAGAAAAAUAAAGAACAGUUGGCAUCUGUCCUGCGCAGCCACAUCGUUAUGUGUCACACUCUGCUGCCCGCAGACCUGAGUCGACCCCGAAACCUGACAUCUCUGUCCGGACUCGUCCUGACCACCAGCUCCAUCCAGGGCAGCAUCUUCAUCAACCACGCCAAUGUGACGUACAGCCACGACAUCAGCGUCAACGGCAUCUUCCAUGAAAUCGACGAGGUCCUGCUUCCUCCUGACCUGGACAAAGACAAUCCAGACGUCCCUGUGAACCUGACAGAUGUAGCUGAACGUCAUGGAUAUAAAACCUUCUACAGACUUCUCCAGGACACAGGUGUGAUGGACCUGGUGAAUGAUGGGAUUUACCAGCCGGUGACGGUCUUCUUGCCCUCAGACGGCGCCAUGGCGUCUCUGCCGCAGGAGCAGAAGGACUUCCUGUUCCACCAGGAUAACCGAGCUCAGCUGGUGGAGUACCUGAAGUACCACAUCCUGCAGGCCCAGAAGAUUUACGUUGAAGGCCUGAUCCACCUGGACUCGGCUCGGACUCUGCAGGGCUCCCCGCUCUCCUUCAGCUGUGGAGGGAUGGACGACAUCGGAGAAAUCUUCGUCAAUGACGGGAAGUGUCGGGUCGUUAAGAGACACCUCGUGUUUAACGGCGGGAUCGCCUAUGGGAUCGACUGCCUGCUGACUCCGCCCAGCCUCGGAGGACGCUGUGAUGAACAGACGACCUUUGACCUCGAGAUGAGUUGCGGCCUGUGCACGUCCUCAGCUACUCGCUGUCCCAGAGGGUCCAAACAGAAGGAGGUUCAGAAGUGCGACCUUCCCACCAUUUUCGUCACUAAAAACACCGGCUGUCGCAGCAUCUGCACCGUCCACUUCUGGCAACCAAAGUGUUGCCAUGGUUACCACGGACGAGACUGUCUGGUGUGUCCAGGUGGAGUCGGCUCCCCCUGCAGUACCCAUGGUAAAUGUGACGACGGUCACCUAGGCAACGGUACCUGCACCUGUGAUGCAGGUUUCAGGGGUGUGGCCUGCGAACAGUGCGGUGACGGGUUCUAUGGACCUACCUGUAAAGCCUGUAACUGUUCAGAACACGGGUCAUGUGACGACGGACGCCGAGGGACGGGUUCCUGUUUCUGUGAGGAGGGGUGGAGCGGCGAGCGGUGUGACAUCCAGCAGAGUGAGGUGUUCCAGUGUUCUCCAUCCUGUUCUCCUAAAGCCGUCUGUCAGGAGAACAACACCUGCGUCUGUCGGCCAUUUUAUGAAGGAGACGGAUUCACCUGUUCAGUCGUGGACAUGUGUCACAUCUGGAAUGGCGGUUGUGCUAGAGGAGCCAGAUGUUCUCAGAAAGGAGAGAAGGUGAGCUGCACCUGUCCUAAAGGUCACCAUGGAGACGGCUUCACCUGUCAACCCAUCGACCCCUGCAUCUCCGGAGACAACGGCGGCUGCCACGAACACGCCACCUGCACCAUGACGGCUCCGGGGAAGAAGAAGUGCACCUGUAAAGACGUUUACGUUGGAGACGGACUCACCUGUGAGGUCAAACAGCUGCCAGUCAGCCGCUGUCUCCAUGACAACGGACAGUGUCAUCAGGACGCCCAGUGUACAGACCUGCACUUUGAAGAUGCGACCCUCGGUGUGUUUCACCUCCGCUCAGACAGAGGUCAGUACAAGCUGAACUUCACUGCAGCUCAGCAGGCCUGCACUGCAGAGGGAGGCGGCCUGGCCACGUACACUCAGCUGUCCUACGCUCAGCAGGGAGGGCUGAACAUGUGUGCUGCUGGCUGGUUGGACCAGGCCCGGGUGGCGUACCCCACCACCUACUCCAACCCCAACUGUGGCUUCGGACACGUCGGCAUCGUCGACUACGGAGUCCGCAAGAACCUGAGCGAGACCUGGGACUCCUUCUGCUACAGGAUGAAGGAUGUCAAGUGUGAGUGUCGACUCGGUUUCGUUGGAGACGGGUUCAGCUGUACAGGAAACCUGCUGCAGGUCCUCAGAGCCACGCCCACCUUCUCCAACUUCCUCACACAAAUCCGGAACUACUCCGAGACGUCCGAGUCCGGGAAAAAGUUUGUGAAGCGUCUCAGCAACCUGACGGUCCAGUCCACUCUGUUUGUCCCUGACAACGACGGCCUGCCCGGCAACCAGACUCUGUCUCAGCGGGACAUUGAGUUCCACCUGUCAGAGGGUCAGGCUCUGUCUCUCAGCCGGCUGAAGAACGGCAGCCGGAUCAGAACCAGAGUCGGAAGUCUGACCGUCCUUGGAGUCACAGACCUGCUCAACCCCUCAGCUCUGUCGUCCCGUUACAUCAACGACCGCUUCGUCACCAGCUCCGACAUCCUGGCCUCCAACGGGAUUAUACAUGUUCUUCAGGGACCCCUGAAAGCCCCGCCCCCACGCCAAAAGAUGCACGUGGCUCACAAGGCGGGGAUGGGCGUGGGCGUGGUGCUGCUGAUCGCUGUGGUGGUGGGAGCCGUCUUCGUUGGAUACCACUUCUACACCCACAACACCAAACCCUUCCAGUUCCACUACUUCAAGUUACAUCUUUCAUUGCUGACCUUUGACCUAUUUGACAGGAGGAUGAGGGGGAGGAAGAAGCUCCGCCCUCAGACUGCGGUCGCAGCAUCUGUAACCCGAUUUACGAAGCAGCACCUGAACCUGCAGAGUCCAACACGUGUGACGUCAUAGGUGACACACACCAGGUGGUGAACGGAGGAUCGUACGACCUGCUGCAGGACGGCUGAGGAACCUGCUGGUGCUCACUGCUGGACUCAACCUCACAACUGUUUCAUACCUCUGAUCUGCUCCAGACUCUUUCAUCACAGACUCAGUUCUCUUCUCUGAUUGGUCCAGGUCCAAAGGUGUGUCUGUCUGCAUCACCUGUGAAGGAGGAGUCACUGACUCAUCAUCAUGUUUUCAGCCACUUCCUCUCACAGAACAACACUGAUGAUGCGUUCAGGUGCUCCGAGUUUCUGCAGUAACAGCUGUUAACAGCUGUUUGUACCCAGUUUAACCUUUGUUUUAUCUGAACACAGAAACAAUUAGUGGAGAAUCAUGUAAAACUGUGAAAAAUGUUGAUUUAAAUGAUUUGU